AUGAGUAGUGCAAAGAAAGCUGCAGAAGAAGCAAUAGAGGCAAUUGGGUUUGGGUAUGAUCUGGGUUUUGAUUUAAGGCUCAAGUAUUGCAAGAAAAACUCACCAAGAUUGAUUGUGAUUAAUGAUGAUGAUAGACAAGUACAUAAUAUGGUGAUUCCUGGUGGGUUUUCUAUUCCUAAUGUUCCCAAAUCUAUCAAAUGUGAUAAAGGCGAGCGUAUGAGGUUUAGCUCUGAUGUUCUUUCUUUUCAACAGAUGUCAGAGCAGUUUAACCAGGAACUCUCUCUUUCUGGAAAAAUUCCUUCAGGCCAUUUCAAUGCUGCAUUUGAAUUUUCAGGAGUUUGGCAGAAAGAUGCUGCCAGUACUAAAGCCCUUGCUUUUGAUGGUGUAAACAUCACACUUUACAGCAUUGCACUAGAGAAGUCGCAGGUUGUGCUAUGUGACCAUGUUAAAGAAGCUGUACCAUCAUCAUGGGAACCUGCUGCAUUGGCAAGGUUUAUUGAGAAGUAUGGUACACAUGCUAUUGUCGGCAUCAAAAUGGGGGGAAAGGAUAUGAUAUAUGUGAAGCAACAGCAUUCAUCGCCUCUUCAACCUGUUGAUGUACAGAAAAAAUUAAAGGAUAGGGCUGACAAAAUGUUUGUGGAUGGUGGAAGGAGUAUCGUGAAUUCUGAUAAAUUUUAUGAUAGAGAAAAGCAUGUCAAGCAGCAGGGGCUGGCGUUCAUGGACCAAUUUCCAUCCAGCUCUUAUUCCCAGGCUGAGGACAUUAAAUUCAUAAGCAAGCGCAAAGGUGGAAUGAAGAAAAACCUACCACACAAUGAGUGGUGUCUGACUGUUCAAACUGAACCUGAUGUUAUCUCGAUGUCAUUUGUGCCAAUCACGUCAUUAUUGAGUGGAAUCAACGGGAGUGGAUUUUUGACUCACGCCAUUAAUCUCUAUAUCCGUUAUAAGCCGCCACUUGAAGAAUUACACCAGUUUUUGGAGUUUCAGCUUCCAAGGCAAUGGGCACCGGUAUUCGGUGAGCUUGCCCUUGGUCCUGAUAGGAAGCAACAAAGUAAUGCAUCUUUGCAGUUCAGCCUCAUGGGUCCUAAGCUUUAUGUUAAUACAACACCAGUCGAUGUGGGGAAGAAACCAGUUACUGGUCUUCGACUGUACUUGGAAGGGAAAAGAAGCAACUGCUUAGCAAUUCACUUGCAACAUCUUUCUUCACUGCCAAAGACCUUCCAACUUGCAGAUGAACGGAGUGGCAAUAUAUCGGAUGCCUCCUCCGAUCACAGAUAUUAUGAGAAGGUGAAAUGGAAGAGCUUUUCGCAUAUCUGCACAGCCCCUGUUGAGUCGGAUGAUGAUCUCUCAAUUGUCACCGGGGCCACGUUUGAAGUUGGAGAAUCUGGUUUGAAAAAAGUUCUGUUUUUGCGCCUCCAAUUUUCUAAAGUUAUUGGUGCCACGACUUUGAGGAGGUCUGAGUGGGAUGGUUCCCCUGCCUUGAACCAGAAAUCUGGAAUCAUAUCCACACUGAUCAGUACUCGUUUCUCAAGUGCUCAAAAACAGCCUCCACCACAACCUAUGGUGAACAUAAACUCAGCUGUGUACCCUGGAGGACCACCAGUUGCUGCUCAGACCCCUAAACUUUUGAAGUUCGUCGACACAAUAGAGAUGACAAGAGGACCACAAGACUCACCUGGAUACUGGGUUGUGUCGGGGGCAAAGCUUAAUGUCGAUAAGGGAAAAAUCUCUCUUCGAGUCAAGUAUUCUCUAUUGCCUUUGGUUUUACCUGAUGAUGAUGUAUCGAUAGAGAUGUAA